AUGGUCUAUCCAGCAUCGGUCUUCAUCACUGGUGCGAAUAGGGGCAUCGGUCUUGCUCUGGUGCAAACAUUUCUCAAAAUCAGUGUAGUGGAACAUGUUUUUGCUGGUGUAAGGAAUCCCGAUGGUGCUAAGGACUUAAAAGCCAUCAGUGACGACCGACUGAAAAUCGUAAAAAUUGACCUUGAAAAUGACCAGUUAAUCAAGGAUGCCUAUGCUCAGGUGGAGAAGGUUGUAGGGGAUCAUGGAUUGAAUCUUCUAGUAAACAAUCCAGGUGUUAUGUCGUCGUACUCUACCAAUGGACCCAUUUCCAGAGAAACAUUGGCAAAGUGCAUUAAUGUAAACACAGUGGGUACGACCAUUGUAAGUCAGACUUUCCUACCCCUUCUGAAAAAAGCUUCUGCUCGAUUUUCCGAUGAUCACCAGGGGGUCGAUCGAGCUGCAAUCAUAAAUAUAUCGAGUGACUGGGGUACCAUCAGCCUGAACAAUGAUGGGUCAGAUUCUUCAGGUGCUCUUGCCUACAAAAUUAGUAAGGCUGGCGUCAAUCAGCUCGGCAAAACGAUGGCUGUUGAUUUGGCCGGUGAUAAAAUAAUUGUGACGCAGUUCCAUCCGGGUUGGGUGCAGACUGACAUGGGUGGACGAAAUGCUGCUGUCACUCCGACUGAGUCCGCUACAUCUUUGGUCGACUCAAUGUCAAAACUGCAAAAACAACAUAGCGGUGGAUUUUACGAUCGCCAUCUUAACGUUAUCCCUUACUAACUUGGAGGUUUUUAUUGCAAUAUUUUGGCUCUUCAUACAAUGUCUCUAAUUGUAGUCAUUUUCGUC